AUAAUACAUAGCUCUAUGGCAUCUGCAUAUCGAAGAACGCCCUCAAUGUCACCUAAACAAAAAAUGUCAACUUCACAACCGAAACAUCACCAUGAAAGAAGUAAAGUUGCAAUCGAUCGUCCUAAGUACAGAGAAGGGAAUCGUGAUCGGGCUGUCAAAGUGUUUACUAUUAACCAAGAGUCGGUGUAUAUUUUGAUACAUGGUGUACCAGAUAUAAAUAUCACCAGAGAACUAUUGGAACUGUGUUCUCUGUAUGGGUCAAUUGAUGAAUAUCGUAUCCUUGAUGACUACCCGACUGAGCCAUUCACCAAAGUCUACUGGAUAAAGUACCAAGAGCUACAAGCAGCAAGAUUCGCAAAACGUAAAAUUGAUGAUCGCUCGUUCUAUGGUGGUAUGCUUCAUGUCUGCUAUGCGCCAGAAUAUGAAACAGUUUCUGAUACAAGGUUAAAAUUAAAAGAACGAAGAAAAGCGGUUGCAAGAAGACUUCGUCAAAUCGAAAAAGAUAAUUACACAGAAAAGGCAAAUCAACUUAAGGACAAGAUAAGUGCUGCUGCAUGUAGUACGUCUUCAGACCCAGAACAUAGUGAGAAAAAUAACACUGUAGAAUAUGAAGUGAACUCUGAUGGCAAAUUUAGUAUAGAAUCAAAACAAAAUGUUGAAGGCUCUGGUUUUCCAGCUUUGCCGGAUCCACCCAGACAGUUGCCAUUUGAAAAGUGGAAACAUAGUUCUGGUUCGGAUGAUUCUAUCCCUAAAGUACCAAGUGCACAUUCCACACUACCUCAUAACUUUAAUCCCUACCCUGUUGGAUACAGGCCUCCUUGUCCGCCUCAAAAGCGCAUUCAAGGGCCUAGGCUUCCAGAACAGAAUCAAUCCAUGUCCUGGCAGUAUGAACAAUCAAAGCAUAUGAGGCCAGACUUGCAUCUUCAAUCUAUUGGCAAUGCUGGUGUGCACAGUCAAGCCCUAAGGUUGAACACAUCUGAUGUUACAAGACAAAACAGUAAAUUAAGGACGGAAAGUCUUGUACCUAGACAAGUGCAAGAAUCGAGGAAACGUACAUCAGCCCAAGCCAAUUUAUCUAACACCCCAAAUGAACAAGGAAAAAGACUUCAUUCGGAGCAGGCGACAGCACCAACGAGGACGGGAAUCACUUUUUAUAGGCAGAACAAGACAGUUGCAGACAGACGGCCAUCGUUGUCAAGUGAGUUGUCGGAUAAAAGCAGCUCUUUUGAUAAAACAGUUACAAGUAUCAGAAAUAAAAUGAAAAUGGUUUCUCAAGCACCACACAUUGAAUCUCCGGCAUCAACAUCAUCUGAUUCAGAGAGAAUACGCAUUUGACACAGAAUCAUCAGUACAUUAUUUAAUAUAAUAAUGGAAUAGUCAGCUACUAAAAAAACAUUGUAUUCAACUUUUUAAAAGAACACUAAUUAAUUAAAUGUUAGGUAAAUUAUUUGCAAAUGCAUUUUGGGUAAUCAAAUCAAGUUAUUGCAUUUAGAUUUAGAACCCGAGCUGUCUCUCAUCCAGCAAGGUAUUUUAGCAUUAAAAUCCUGAAAAUCGUGUAAUCUCACUGGCGGUUAUUCACUUAACGACAUUCUUUUAAUGGCAAAGGUGGAAAUGUUAGAUAAAACUAUUUGAUUUUCUUCAUUUUUUGUUGACCAUCUGAUCUACACAUGAUUAGUUUAUUGAACUACUUCCAAGACAAACAUUUUUUUUUUAUACAGUAUUGGUAUUCACCAUUGUCAUGAUAUACUGAAAUGAAAAUUUCUUGCCUAAUCAUUGAAACCAGACACUUAAAAUAAUAAAAAUUGAUGAUUUUACAGUAAUACACUAUCAAAUAUGUGAAAAUGUUGUGUCCAUAUAUGGGCAUGAUGUUAUAUUACAUUCUUUCACAUACAAUUUGAUAGUAACUCCCAAAAUAAUUUUUGGAAGGGAGUGCAUCCCCACGCACCCCCUAGUUACACCACUGCAUGUCACUUAUUUUUACCAAUAUUCUGGACAGGGCCUUGGACCAUUUGAUGUCAAAUACAGAUAUUCAUAUCUUCCACAGAAACAAAUCAAAGAAAAUAAAUGAGUUGCAAAAAUAAGGAAUGUUUUUAUAUAAUAUCCAAAAUAAAGGCAUGCAAAUGGUUUUCAAGACUAGAUUUAUGAACAUAUAAAACACAGAAAGUUUUUAUAUAUAUAUUUAACAAAAAUUGAGAUUGCAUAUUGUUCCUAUAUGUAUUUUGUCAAAUACUUUUAUCCUAUGAAGAGCACCAUGAAAUGAAAUUGGAGAGCAAUGAGGUGGAGAAACACAAUAGAAGUUAAAAUACAAUAAAGUACUGUCUUGCCUUGAAUAACUUGUAUUAGUUACUGUCUGAGUUGAGUAAAUAAACAUUAAAAUUUGAAUUGUAUGCAGGUCUUCAGCCGCUUUGGUCUCCCAUUAAAAUUAUUGUUGCAAUAAUUAA